CUUCUAUAUACCUUCGCAUAGGCACUAAGGGUUUAUGAUCUUACUCUGCAGACACGUCAAAGACGCAGUCAGCGCGUGUAUUUGGUCGUGGUCUCCUUCUCCUUCUCCCCAAUGCAUGACGCUACUUACAUACAAGAUCUACCUUUCGCUACUGGAACACGUGGGCUGUCAAUGUCUCCUUGAUUCGUCUGGGCAUGAAGGAUCAAAACUCUUUCUUUCAUCAAGGACCUGGGGAGCCACAAGCACAACUUCGUCGUCUAAACCAGGUUCCCACGCUCCCAUGGAAAUUGUGGAUAUAAGUAUGCCGACAGCGCUCGGACAGACUCAGGUAAGCUACAUCACUUGGGAGCAAGCCAUAAAGUGCCGCGUGUGAAAAUUACUCCUGGAGAGGUUGUGAUCCCUUAACAUCAUGUUUCCAAAGUCGUCAAUUCUCCUGUGGAUAAUUGGAUUUGGGUCGUUGGCCUUCGGCAGCGGUUCAUCAACAAUUCACUUUCCUCAGGCCGCCACUACUUCCAUUUAUUCCCCACAAACAACGCUUCCCUACCACAAGAAUGCUUCCUAUCCGUACCUGGGACAAGCUCCUGCUCAGGCUGCGUUCCCACUCUCACCAACUCCAAGCGGACCCAAAUGUAUGGUGACACCCUUGGGGUGGGGGCAGGACGACUCGUCUCAGAUUCUUGCUGCCGUUCAAAGGUGCGGUAUCAAUGGGACUAUUACACUACCAGCUCCAUACGUUUAUACGAUUUCAAGGCGGAUGCACAUGAACCUCCAGAACUCCCGUCUGGAAAUCUUUGGUACCCUCUCUUUUACACCAGACCUGACUUAUUGGAUUGACAAUUCCUUCCGCGUUGAGUUUCAGAACCAGUCCACGGGGUGGAUCGUUGAGGGCAACAACUUUGAGAUUGAUGGAGGAGGCUGGAUGCAGGGCGGUGUCAAUGGCAAUGGACAGGCAUGGAUGACUCACGCCGCUGGGCAUAGCAACCAGUUUGGCCGCCCUAUUGUGAUUUCAAUCUUCAAUUCCUCCAAUGUGAUUGUAACCAACUUUUCCAUACGCCAGCCAAUGUUCUGGAGUUUCUGGAUUCAAGAUUCCUACAACGUGGAAAUCAGCAAGGUGUAUAUCAAUGGUACGAAUACAGAUCCCUACGGAAAUUCUUCCAACUACGAAACCAACAUCGACGGUCUCGAUUCAUUGCGAGUUGACCACCUUCUGGUGAGGGAUUGGCAAUUUCACGGCGGAGAUGAUUGUCUGGCUCCAAAAGGCAACACAACUAACAUGGUGAUCAACAACAUGACUUGCGUUGGGGGAGGGAUUGCGUUUGGGUCGAUCGGCCAAUAUGUUGACUCUCCAGACUACAUUUUCAAUGUGACGGCCACAAACAUCUCGGUCUCGCAAGACAUCAAUCCACGCACCGGGGGAGCUGCAGUAUCUGGCGGAGCUUACUUCAAAUCUUGGGUAGGCAAAGAAGAAGGAGAACCUCCACAAGGUGGCGGCGGCGGCACGGGGAAAGUUUCCAAUGUCACUUUCGCAGGACUGACAACUCACAACACGAGCCAAGCAGUCUACAUCAACAAAUGCUACUUCAAAGUACCUGAUCAGGCCCACUACUGCGAUACCAGUACUCUCGAGUUCGAGAAUCUGCUGUUCUCUGACGUGUCUGGAACUGUGAGCAGCAAGGUCGGAGUCGCCUUGAACUGUUCAGCAGCAGCACCGUGUUCAAAUAUCGAUUUCAAGGACGUGCAUUUGACUGAUUCGGCCACCAAUGCGACUGCCAACGCGACUUGCGUGAACGCAAAGAAUAUUACUGGCUUAACUUGCAAUGCUACAUUGGCAGUAUGAGUGAGGACUAUGAAUGCUUAAGGGGACCUGGGCACAGAAAG